AUGCCAGUGUACCAUUCCAGGCACAACGGCAGCAACGCAGUGAGCGUUUGUGGCUGCCCGCUGGUGCCCCUGAAGACAGGCUGUUGUCCUGCAGAGGACCUGCUCCCACCCCUGCUUCUCUGGGCCUCACUGAUGAGGCUCAAGAGAUCUGGUCUCGUUGGGCACUUGGGUUGGCACUCAGGGAUGAUGAAAGGAGCCUAUGUUCGGGUCAGAGGCCUUCGAGCUCGCUCUGAGCUCAACGGGCGCUACGGAAGCAUCCUGCGGUGGAUUCCGUCGGCCGAACGAUGGGAAGUGCAGUUGGAAUCAGAAAAUGGGGUCCCUGUGCAGGGCACAGUGUCCGUCAAAGGUCACAACCUCCAGGAGAUUUGUCCUGAACUGGAAACGACUUACAUGUCUAGGGUGCUCGCAAACUGCCCAGAAAGACGGUCUCCACCCUGCUUUCCGAUGGAGUUCCGCGAAGCCUGUGAGAACAAGUCAUGGCCGGAAAGGCUUGAACCGGACAAGGCCUGGGAAUUUCUCCUAAAUGGCUACAUGGCCGCGACAGAGCUGAGAUGGCAACGAACUCUAAGUGAACAGCACAGUCCUCAAACUUCCAGGACCUGCUUCGAUGGCCUGAAGAUUGGCGACGUACUUCCUGAGCAGCGAAAGCAGCAUGACUUCCACCACUUCCGCACCAACUUCAGCAACUCCCCGCCCAACACAAUGUCGAUAUCCGCCAACUCUGUAUAUGUUGCUGUCGGAUUCAAUGACCUACGCGUGUUGCUGGAUGCCAGCAUACAGGAACAAGCUACCAACGUUCGCUUCGUCGGCAUCGACCUGAACAAUUUUGCAGUGGCGAAGACGUUGGUCAUUGCAGCAAUGCUUAAGGACGUUAGCAUUCCAGUGCAUGACGUGUUGCAGGUGUGGUAUUCAUCAACUUGGUCCAGGGGAACAUUUUCAUCCUUCAAGCGAACCGUAUCGGCCUUGAAGCCGCCCGCUCAAAAGCCCGGAAUACGUCAGCUUGUGGACUUCUGGAAAUCCACUGCAGCACCGGACCUCACAAGGUGUCGGCAGGAGUGGCUGCAGUACUUUGUCAGCGACGCCCGCAAGUGGGAUGCUUGUACAAUUGCAAGUCUUGUUCGGCAACGGGAUCGGCUGGCAGCAUGCAGAUGCUUCCUGACCGGAGACGUAUGGGACGAGAGGGAGGAGAGCGCCGACCAGCUGGCAGUGGGUAGCAUCACCAUGUGGGCGUCGCAUUUCGGUUCCCUUCCACUGCACAACGCAGACUCCAUCUUCGCCACAAUGAAUUUGGAGGACUACCUGCCUGUGUCGGAUGAGGCAGACUCAAUCGUCCAACUUUUCGUGAACGAUAUCUGCAAGAAGCUCAAUAGCAUCCGACAGCUGCUCGUGGAAGGAAGACUUGAGAUCGAGAUUUGGCAGGACGAGUUAACUGUAGACAGUUGCCAGCUGAUCAGACAGAUUUCUGCGCUCUCUCCAGCGGGAAUCAGUUGGUCCAACCUUCUGGACUACACAGACUUAGCUUCAUUCCAUGCUGUGGCAGCAAGGUGUUCCGCGCCAGGCUCACAUACUACGCACUACGCCUAUUCCAUGGAGUGGGUGAAAGAUGUUUAUGGCAUUACUCUGGCAGACUGGUGCAGAGGACGCCAAGCCCUGCGUGCCGCCUUGCUUGCAGAGCUGGAGACUGGGAAGGCACUACCAGCUUUUGCCAGCAAAACACAGCUGAGCACUCUGUUGGCUCUACCUGGCUUUGGUUGCCCCAGCAAGAUGUGGAUGUACGUCACAGCAAUGCACCUGCACAAGUCCUGGGUUGCUAGGUUUGUAAGCCAAGGUUCAGCAACUCUGCAGAAUGUGACGCUGCACUCUUUGGGCAUGUGCUUGCCAUUCAUGAUGCAUAGACGCUUCCCGACGAACCUGUUCCUGCAGUGGAGUUAUUCACGAGAGUCUUCGGAGGAGCCUGCAGCUGCAAAAGUCAGCAAGGCCAUGGAAUCUUUCAAUGUUACCUUGGGUGAAGUGGUUGCGUGUGCGUAUGCUGGCGAAGCUGCUGUGAUGCCAGUCGCAUGCGGAGACUACCGGCAACCACUGGAAUCGGUCUUGGGCGAUGCAGAUCGGGUUUUGGUGUACCUGACCCUGUGGAUUCAAAAAUGCCUGUCGGUGGCUUCACAGGCCGGCAGCGCCGACGAUGCGGCGCGCCAGCUGGAGGUCGUGGCUGCCUCCGAGUUGCCGGGACCCGGAGACUCCGGGUUCAUCCUCGGCAGCUGGUUCAAAGCCGGGCCACCUCAGGACUGCCAAAUGGCCAAGGCGUACCUGAAGCAGCUUCGGCAGGAGACGGCGUCCAGGCUGUUGCCCAUGUUCUAUCCAGACGGACAGCCGAACAAAUGGUGGUUCCAGUUCUCAAAGAAGAAGUUCAUGAACAUCGCCCUUUAA